GAUCACUGUUUCCGGAAACUGUUGUCAUCUGAGCUUCCUCAACAGUUCUCCUAGCUUUCGAUGAUUGACCACCAAGAAAAUUAUACAAAGGACAAUCCCAUAAAGUCAAGCCUCUGCUCUCUUGAGACCAAACCAAACGCGCAACGACCAAGACCCCAAAUCCGCUCAUCGGUUUCUCUUUUAAAUGUGAAUCAAGAAACACAGGUGCUCAUACAGCUAGCUUUGAAAAGGGUUCAUGUUUUCGUAGGUAGAAAUAUCAUCUGGGCCGUGUUUCACUUCUGUCUCUUUCACUCUGUUCACCAUAACAGAGGACUUCAACACUUUUGUUUCGUAUAUCUGUACUUUUCACAUUUUCACAUAUUUUCCAUUUCUCUGUCCUCUGUUGCAGUUCCUAUCCAGUCCUUGACUCCUUCGAGUCCUUUGACCUUCAAAUUCGAUCCGGGCUUGUCUUUGUGUACGAGUUUCUAUCCAAUUUACCAACGGGGUUUUUCCUUCUCUGCUUCAUUGUCUAUAUAAUUUCUUCAUUUUCUGUAAAGCUUUUCACUUCACCAGAGUUUCUGCCAUUUCCUCUUGUUUUCUUUCUGGGUUUUCUCUGCUUCAGCUUUUGAGCUCUUCUUUUUGCUCAAGCUAGCAUUUUUACAAUUUCAAUCACAUACCCAAUUUGAGAACAGAGCCUUGUGUUUUGUUUUUGAGCUUUUCAUCAAGAAAUGAAGUGCUUCUUUCCCUUCAAAUCCAAGAACAAACAAAAGGAAUCGGAGUCAGCUCCGGAUUUGAGGAAGAAUAGCGACUCCUUGGCUCCUGUAUUAGACCGUGCCGCGAAAUCUCUACCUUCACCAAGAAGCAUACCAGAAUUGUACAAAGAGAAGGAGCAGAAUUUGACAGUUUUCCCAUUCCAAGAGCUCAGGGAUUCAACAAAUGGCUUCAGCAGAUUGCAGAAGCUUGGUGAAGGAGGCUUUGGGAGUGUGUAUAAAGGAAUGAUCAAGCCCAAAAAUGGAAAGGGUAGUGCAAUUUUGGUUGCCAUCAAAAAGUUGAAUCCUCAUAGCUUACAGGGUCAUAAAGAAUGGCUUGCAGAGGUUCAAUUUCUUGGUGUGGUAAAUCACCCAAAUCUGGUAAAGCUUCUAGGAUAUUGCUCUGUAGAUGGAGAAAGAGGGAUCCAACGGCUAUUGGUGUAUGAAUAUAUGCCUAAUAGGAGUUUAGAAGAUCAUCUUUUCAAUAGGGCAUUGAAGCCUCUUCCUUGGAUAACGAGGUUACAAAUAAUGCUUGGUGCUGCUCAAGGAUUGGCUUAUCUACAUGAGGGACUGGAAGUCCAGGUGAUAUAUCGAGAUUUCAAAUCCUCCAACGUGCUCUUGGAUGAGAACUUUAAGCCGAAGCUGUCAGACUUUGGGCUUGCUAGAGAAGGGCCAAAGGGUGACCGUACUCAUGUAUCGACAGCGGUGGUAGGGACUUAUGGAUAUGCUGCCCCGGAAUAUGUCGAAACAGGCCAUCUUUCCAUUCAUAGUGACCUAUGGAGUUUUGGUGUGGUGCUGUAUGAGAUCAUCACUGGGAGGCGUGUGUUAGAAAGAAACCGACCAACAGCAGAGCAGAAGCUUCUUCAUUGGGUUAGACAGUACCCUGCAGACAGUAAAAAGUUCAGCAUGGUAAUAGAUCCACUCCUGAGAGAUCAGUAUUCUUUUGAUGCAGCUCAGAAAAUCGCCAAGUUGGCAGAUAGUUGCCUGAACAAGAAUCCAAAAGACCGGCCAACGAUGAUUCAGGUAGUAGAGAUCUUAAAGCAAGCUAUACAAGAUUCACAAAAGGGUACCAACUCUGUAAAUAACAGUUUUGGGGCAUCUGGGUCUAGAUUGGGUAAAAAGAACCCCAAGUUGAGGUGAUAUAAGAGAGAAGCCUGUCAUCAAAUGAGAGCAUUAUUAAUAGUGUCUGCUGUGAACGUUAUUUAAAAUUUUAGAUUUUUUUUUAACUGGCUGAAAUGGUUAAUUGCUAAGUGGGGAGAUGGGAAGUUUUGUAAAAAUUGCAAUUUUCAGAAUUCAAAUAUUUUUAGCCUUUUCUGUUUUUACACCUUCAUAUGAACCGAAGUUAGGGGUUUUGGUCCAACAUGAGGGUUGUAUGAUCUACUCGGGAGGGUGCAUGUACUUCUUGAGGGGGUUCGAGGAAAAAUUGGAUGGUUAUUUGUUUCCAUUUUUUGUUUUCUGAGACUGAACCUGCAGAAAAGAGGGAGUGAAUGAAAUGAGGAAAGACCAGAUCAUGUACUCGUUAAAAAGGGACAAGGGUAGUUGAUUUUGAUAGUAUUUGGAAGCCUUGUUACAACGUGACCUUGCUUGUUUACUGGUAAGCGAUGUAUGUAAAUUUGAGGAAAUUUCUCACAU